UAGAGCUCAUGUUACAGUAGAAGACUAAGGAGCGUUUGAGAGCUCAGACAGAAGAGAGCAGGAGAUAUUCAGCAUGGCCUCGUCCAUCGCAGCCGUGUUGGCUUUUACUGCUAGUUUAAUAUUAACCGCAAUGGCUGGUGACUGCGAUGGCUACUCCGAUUUAUUUGGGAAUUAUCAACGACCCCAGUACUGUGGGACUAUGUACUGCUGUGGUACCUGUCGAAGUCGGUUUUGCUGUCCAUCUUCUUCUUUAAAAGUUGAUGACGACACCUGCGAAGAUUAUUCAGUGGAUAAAGGUCUACCUAUUGCUGUCGGUGUAGCGAUUCUGAUCAUCAUUAUCGCACUUAUUAUAGUUUGCUGUGUUUGCCCCUGCUGCUGCUUGUACAAAAUGUGCAGAAAACCCAGACCGGUGGUGGCAACGACCACAACCACAGUAGUAACGCAGUUCCCUCAGCAGCAGCCUCCAAACCCUGCAGCUCAGUAUCCGCCCUACCAGCCAAUUCCUGCACAGCCUGGUUACCCUGUCCAGCCCGGGUAUGGAACCCCUGCCCCGUAUCAGGGCCAGCCUUAUGCACCGGGACCGCCUCCACCAUACCAGGAGAGUGGAGGAUAUCCUUCACCAUACAGCCAAGCCGCCUACGAUGCCACUCGGCCUCCGUACCCCCUCAACCCCCCUGUGCAGGCCGGCUACGCUCACCCUCCUCCCCAGCCUGACUAUAACGCUGCUCAGCCUCCAUACAACCCAGCCUACGUGGAGCCGCCCAAAACCGGAUACUAAACCACAAACGUCAGACAACACCACCAUGGCUGGAUUACAUCACACCUACACACUUCCACUUUGCUCACACCAGUCCUAUAUGGGCUAUAUUUACCAUAGAAAGUCUUAAACACACGACUCGAGUACUCCUCAUGAUGUGAUCAAAUAAUUUUUCUCAACAGAUAAUUACAGCGUAAGGACUCUUUAAACCACAAUUUAAACUCCAGAGAUAAGAAACCGCAUGUACUCCGGAGUUUUCCAUGAAAAAUGUGAGACAUAUAUAUAGGACAGGUUUAUUGACACCGAACCAUGCUCUGCCUUUUUUGUUUCUUUUUGCAAGUGAGGGGGAAAAAAAGGGAAUAUUGUUUGUACAGUACGUUUGUAACAGAACCAGUGCUGAUCCAGGACAGGAAUCUUAUUAUAUUGGUUUUCUUUCUUUAUAUCAAGUGUAAAGUUUUUUUACAUUGCAGGAGUGACUCUUCAGGUGACACAAGGGCACUGACAGUGUUUUCUGUGUGCUAGUUUAACCUCAGCGUUGGCUGAUGAUGUACUGUAUAUGAAGCUUCAGCUGGUGGAGGAAACUGGUGAAAAGGGGGGCGGGGGGAACGUGGGGCUUGAGCUUUUACCUUUUAACACAGUAGGCAGUGUUUAAAAGAUGUCCUAUUUAUGGUAAAAUGUGGGUAGUGACACAAAAGGUCCUUUGUUCAUGUUGACUCACUGACUGGAAAAAAGUGGAAAUAUCAUUAAAAGGUAAUUAUAGUAUACAGUAGUAUAGAAAAUAAUGCAAGAUGUAAUUGCACUGAUUUACAGUUUUGCUUCAUAGCACCAAAGGUUUACUAAGCUGUUGAGGAUUAUAUGACACCAAUAUGUUUGUGAACAUGGUGAAGAUCCAUUUUGUAUAACCAAUGAUUCAGAAUAUGCCUUAAUUUUUCAUCUUAUGCAGUCAGAGGUAAACUUAGUAUGUUAACCAGCAGAUGUAACUUGAAGAGUCAUAUCCAGUAGCAGAUUAAAAUAGGAUUGUAACAAUUUGUUUUAAAGUAUUUCAUGUCAUCUUUGUGACAGAAAUGAGGUGCGAGUUGGAAACAUGAGAAGACUGUUGUGGGUGGUGAUGUUUUCAUUUCAAUCAGCCCAAUUUUUUAAGAUGGGAAGCAGCUCAUCUCAAAGCUAAUCAGGAACAAUGCUUAUUGUUGCACAAAAAAAGGCUUAUGUAAACUUAUGUAAAGAUAUGUACAAAUCUUGGGUGAUAAAAUUUGCCAAAGCUGUGUUUAAGAUUUUAGACAGACUGACAACUGAGUCAUCUGUUCAUGCGUGUCCUAUUUUUGUCUGUGCCAGAUUUCUUUCUUCAUUGUGUUUGCCUUUCUUUUUCCCGGUCACAUAUGUUGUAUGACUGGUUUUAGUUAAAACAUUGUAAUAUAUAAAAUAUUUUUCAUUAAGAAUAUCGUGUGCAAACGCAAAUAAAGAAAAGUGCUUGAA